AUGGGAGAUUUGCCAAGUAGUCGAAUAACAAAAUCUCGUCCUUUUGAAAAAGUUGGGGUAGAUUUCGCAGGACCGUUAGUCACAAAAUGUCAGCAUCUCAGAAAAGCUACCCAAUUCAAUUCUUACCUUUGUUUAUUCAUAUGCACAGCGACUAGAGCAGUUCAUCUCGAACUCGUGUCCAGUAUGUCUACAGAAGCAUUCUUAGUAGCACUUCGUCGAUUUAUAGCACGACGAGGUCAUCCCACUGAUGUACUGUCAGACAAUGGAUCGAAUUUCAUAGGUUCAGAUAAUUAUCUAAAGCAAUUAUUCAAGUUAGUCCAAGACCAGUCUGUACAAAAUUUUCUGACCGUGAGAAACAUCAGUUGGAAAUUCAUCCCAUCAUAUGCUCCCAAUUUCGGUGGUGUUUGGGAGUCAUCCAUAAAACUCGCAAAAAGACAUCUCUGUAAGACUUGUCAAGGGGAUUUGCUUAAUUUUGAAGAACUGUCUACCCUCUUAUGUCAGAUAGAGGCCUGUAUUAAUUCAAGACCUCUAGUACCACUUUCCAAUGAUCCAGCUGAUCUCAGGGCUCUCACCCCUGGACAUUUCCUAAUCGGGGAACCUCUUCUUGAGUUUCCUGAAGGAACUAGUCUGACUAAUCAAAAUCUUAGUCCUUCUUGCAGAUGGAAAAGUCUCUUACAGUUAAGACAUCAAUUUUGGAAUAGAUGGACUAGAGACGUCUUCACCAUUUGCAAGCCCGACGGAAGUGGAUCAACAUCGUCCUCCUUUGAGUGUCGGAGAUCUCGUCCUUAUUCAAGAUGA